GCCCUGGUGGAGCAGUGUGAUGGCUCCCAUUCCCCUGUGUCUGCUGCUGCUCUGUGCCCUGCCCCUGUGUGUUCCUGUCUGGGGGGGCCACGGUAAAGGUGUUGAUGAAGAGUAUGGCUGGUCCGUGCAGAGGGUCCCGUUGAUUCUGGACAGGCACACAGUGCAUCUGCGGACCCCCACGUUUGGUGGGAAGACUGAGGGGGCAGGUGGGGAUAAGGAGGGGGGGGGGUGGGAUAGAGUGUCAGAGCGCCCUCCCCCCUCCCGACUGGGCUGCGCUGGAGAGCAUGCUGGGAUACGAGACGGUGUACGAGAAUGGCACGCGCACACAAACUGACGUCACGCUGCAGGGCCUGAAUGACACAACCUCACACACACCAUUACCCAAAACCUCACACACUCGCAGGAAACGUCAGGUGUACGGCGAGGACGGGCGCUUCGUCAUCUCGGACAGCCACUUCACCACCAGCUACCCGUUCUCCACGGCGGUCCGCCUGUCCACGGGCUGCUCUGGGGUCCAAGUGUCUGACAAACACAUCCUGACGGCGGCUCACUGUGUCCACGAUGGGAAGGACUACCUGCAGGGGGUCCGCAGGCUUAAAGUGGGAGUCCUACAGUUCAAAUCUAAACGAGGUAGGGGGGGUGGGAGGAGGAGAGGGGGGAGGAGAGGGGGGAGGAGAGGAGGAGAUGGGGAAAGCAAGGGAAAGGGGAAAGGAGAGGAAGUGGUAGGAGAAGAGGAGAAAGGGAAUGGAAUAGAUGGAGAAGAACCGAGACAGGAGCAGAGACGGAGAGGAGGGAUUCAGAGAAGGGGGAAGGGCGAAAUGGAGAUACAGAACAGGGUUGAUGGGGAGACUGGAGCAGAGGGAGGUGAAGGAGGGAACAUGGAGAAGGAGAGGAGAGGAGGAGGGACUAGGCAGAGAAAGAGAGGUAGCAGAAGUAGCCGUGUACAACGCAGCACCGAACCCAAAAAGCAGCCCUCCUUCCACUGGACACGUGUAAAACAAACCCACAUCCCCAAAGGUUGGAUACACACAGGAGAUAGAACCAACGCCGUAUCCCACGGCUACGACUACGCCCUCCUGGAGCUCAAACGGCCAAUCAAACAGAAGCACAUGAAACUGGGUUUAUUGGCCGCUGCAAAGCCUCUCCCCUUGGGUCGCAUCCACUUCUCAGGGUUCGACAACGAGCCAGAGGGAGGACAAACGGAGGGAGAGAGGGAAAAGGUGGUCUAUCGCUUCUGUUCAGUGACAGAGGAGUCAGACGACCUGUUGUAUCAGCACUGUGACGCCCAGCAGGGGGCGUCAGGCGCUGGUGUAUACAUCCGCCUCAGACAGGAAGUGGAGGGGUCCAAUAAGGGGAAGUGGCAGCGGAAGGUUAUCGGGGUGUUCUCAGGGCAUCGCUGGGUAGACGGGGACGGGGGUGGGGGUGAGCAGAGGGACUAUAAUAUGGCGGUGAGGAUCACUCCACCUAAAUACGCCCAGAUCUGCCACUGGAUCCAUGGGGAUCCCAGCAUGUGUAGGGAGGCC